AUGUUCGUACGAAAGAAUAAGUUUCGUUUAAGAAAACGACGUUGUUUGUAUCCCAUAAUAUUACUUCUAUUAAUAAUUAUUAUUCUUCUACUACUGCUAGUAACAUUUAAACGACCAUCAUCAUCAUUGCCUCCAUUCAAUUCAUCAGCAAAUUCUGAAAAUUAUCUUCUUAUACCCUAUCGUGAUUAUGUUCUUCGUACACCAAUAACAUGUCAGCAGUAUAAAUUGGAUGAUUAUUCAAAAAAAAAUUUAUUAAAUUUUCAUCCGCAACAUUCAAAAUAUUUAGAAGGACAAUUUUCAUAUUUUUUACCGUUUGAAAAUAUUACAUAUGAAAAUAUUGAACAAUUUUAUGCACAAACACAUAAAAACUAUUGUUUACCAAUGCAUACUGAUUAUGGAUCAGAUAUACCUUUUGUAAAUAGUAUACCUUAUAAAUAUCAUUCCGACAUGGGUUUAUGGGAACCAAUUGGAGUAACAUCGACACAUCGGAUUGCUAUACUUGUACCAUUGAAAGGACGAGAUUUUAAUGCUAAAACAUUUUUAUUUAAUAUUCAUACAUUUUUAAGACGACAAUUGUCAACUUAUAUAAUUAUUUACAUAGAGCAAAUAAAUCCAAUUGCAGUAUUUAAUAAAGGUCGUUUAUAUAAUACGGCAAUAUCCUAUAUUAAACAACAAACAAAAUUGGAAAUUACUUGUUUUAUUUUACAUGAUGUAGAUUUAAUACCUGAAAAUGAUGGAAAUUAUUACACAUGUGAAUCAAAACAUAUUAAACAUACAACAGUACGUAUUAGACUCUCGAACGCAACAAAAUAUUUAGUAAACUAUGAAUUUUUAAUUGGUGGUGUACUUAUGUUAUCACAUGACCAGUAUGUAACAAUAAAUGGUUUUUCGAAUUUAUAUUGGGGAUGGGGUGGUGAAGAUGACGAUUUAGGAUUGAGAUUGAUUAAAAAACAUUUGUGUGUUAUACGACCAAGUGAUGAAGUUGCUACGUAUGUUGCACUAUAUCAUGCCCCAACCAGGCCUAAUAAUGAACGAUUUGAAUUAUUGAAAUGGUCAACCGUGCGUAUCAUGGACGACGGUUAUAGUAGUGUUAAUAACUUAACAAGAAUUACUGAUGUUCAACAAACAAUGGUAAUGACGCAUUUAAAAGUCGAUGUGGAUGUUCAACGUACUGUUCGCCCAACAUCUCUCAAGAAAUAA